UGAUGUUUCAGUAGCAUUUUACUGAAGAGCCAGUUAAAAUGUCGACCGCAGUCGAUUCUGUAAAACAAUUUGACAAAAACGUGUCGUUAGGCUCCAGUUCAGUUUAAAUUAUUAACUCGUGUGAGAUGGCAAUAAGUCGUGACGGAAAAGCUGUCAAAUGACUUAAAAGUUUUAGUUCUUAAAGUGCUAAGGGUGUAGUAGUACGUGGAAUAGUUAGAGAGUGAAUUUAGAACAAAUCAAUAAUAUUUUUAGCGACAUACCGAACAUUAAAUCAAUUGAAUUAAUUGUCAAAAUGGAUUCUGUGAAAUCUGAAUCGAUGGAAAUUAACGAAAUGAGUGAUGAUCCGAAAAAUAACAAAACUGAAAAUAAAUUAGCCUUUUCUAUAGAUAAUCUAUUAGCCAAUAAAUUUGUGGAUAAUAAUAGAGACAGAGGAAUUAAUGAAAAUGCUUCGACGUCUGAUUGUGACUAUUUUAGUGUUUUCGAUAAGGAACAUGUAAAUAUUGAAUCUGAUGAUGAUAAAGAUAGUAGUGAUUCAGAGCAGUUGGACGUCGAGAGCUCUACAGCUGAUGCGCAGGAGUUUGCUGGAUCUAAACCUUCUGAAUAUUCAUCAGCAUCAUGUUCAUCUCGCGGUAAGAGAGCUAGGACGGCGUUUAGCGCUCAACAGAUCAAGAGUUUGGAAGCUGAGUUUGAGAAGAACAGAUAUCUUUCAGUCGCCGCGAGAGGGCGGUUAGCGCGGCAGUUGAGACUUACUGAAACACAGAUUAAAAUAUGGUUUCAAAACCGACGAACAAAAUGGAAACGAAAGUACACAAACGACGUAGAAAUAUUAGCGCAACAGUAUUACAACAGCCUAGGUAUCAUUUCGCCUAGACCUAUGUUUGUUGGAGAUCGACUAUGGAUCUUCAAUUACCCAAAUCGACUCCAACCAACCCAGCAACAACAAUGGGCCAAGUCACUCAACAACAUCGCCAAUAUACAACAAAACCCAAUUAUAGAACGAACAAUGUUUAGAAAUAUACCAAAACCGGAUAUCCCGCUCCUCUUGCCACCGCAGUAUCCAAACGAUCGCUUGUUUCUGAACGUUGAACGAAAUAUCAGUUUGACAGGAAACGUCGGUUUGACGGGGAACGUCAAAGUUCCCGCGCAAAAUCGGUUCGUGACAGUCCCCAGAGAGGUGUACAGCAAUAUGGCGACGGCUCAAAGGAGUUUGGAUAUGUACAAAAAUAAUAUUUUAAGCCACAGCCCCAAUCAGGAUUCGAGCGUUGACCAUUUGAGAAGAUUGGAAGAGAAUUUUAGUAUUUAGUUAUUUGUUGAUGUAUUUUAUAUUACAGUUUAUUUAAAUAAAUAGAAUUUAAUUCAUA